UAUAGCAUCCUAAGUGCACUGAGAGCAGAUCCCUAGGGAGGUGGUGGUGAUGAUUUCAUCAUGCUGCUGAGGCUGCCUCUCCCUCCCCCUUUCAGUUUUUCGAGAGGAGAGACCCAGGCUGAGCUCACCAGCUCCUGUCACGUUGUUCUGUUUACGCCUUAUCCUGUGCCCAGCCUCCUGGCCUGAUGCCUUGGUACAUAGAGGGAGGCCUGCAGCAUAUCGCAAAGGAAGAUACCCAGUCCCAUAGCACCGACACCAAGGACUGAGAAUGGGAGGCAAGUGUUCUGCUAUGGAAUGUUUACGUUGGAUUUACCCUUCCCCUCCACCACAGUGAACUUCUAGUGCAUCAACCCCGUCCUUGCCUGUAGAUAAUUUUCCAUCCCUUAUGUAGCCCUCAUGAGGUGAAGCUGCAGCAAACCCCUCCUAACAUUCUCCUUGUCUGCAGGAGUCGACUCUCGUAAUGGAGACUCAGUCUUUGGAACAGCAAAUCCAAAGUGUGGAACGCAACAUUGCCUUCCUAAAAAAGGAACAGCUAGAAAUGUUGCACAAUCUUAACCUGGAGGUUUUCCGCUUGCAGAAACGAUGUACAGAACUAACUCAGAAGCUUGAAGAUAAACAAGUGGAAAGCUUUCAGCAAGAUCAGCUUGAGUUUGAAAUGGAGGAAAAGUGCCGAAUUCUGGAAGCUAGGUAUACUGAAAAGGAACAGCUGAAUCUCCAGUUAAAAAAGGAUCUCUAUCUCCGAGAGAAUCGAGUUGCAGCCUUGAGAUCUAAGCUACGGGAUAAAGAAAGACGGUUCCUGGAGGAGCUGAAGAGAAGAAGUCACAGAGUGACCAUAUUAAACACAGAGCUCCAUAAACAAACUGAAGCUGCAGCUUAUUUAUCUUUCCAGUUGCAUGCCUCCAAGCAAAAGCCACAAAGCUUGCAAAACAACUGCCAGACAACUUCAAGGUCUUUGGACAUCGUUGGAGUCAAGCAACCUCAACAUGAAGUAAGAGUGAGACGGAGAGCACAUAAGAACCACAGUGUCUGGAGGCCUGACUGUUCCUUGGGUAUAGCUAUGUCAAGAGACUAUUGUCAGAGAGAGCAAAUGACCAACUAUGAUGACUUGGAAGCUAUGCCAGACCCAGCUUUAUUUUUAUACCCUAAGAGGUUCCUGCAGCCCCCAAGGCAGAGAUCGGACACAAAAUCCCACUUUGAUAAAAGUGCUUCAGGCCCUGCGGGUGGUGGUCUGUCAGUCGGUCCUCAAUGGUCAGAAAAACUCUCCUCCGAUAAUGAGGACACAUCACCUCCUAUUCCUGUUGUAAAAGCAAAACUUCCAAAAAGUGAGAAAGGAAAAAGGCGAAUAUUGGCCCGACAAGACUCAGAUUCAGAAUGAAGCAGUACACAUAUUUUAAAAUCCCAUGAAAGGAUAUUUAUCAGAACCUAGUAGGCCAUAGGCUGUCUGAAAGGGAGAAAAGGCAGGUACUUUUAGUGACAUAUAUGUCCACUGAGAUUUUGGAUUUAAAGGAACAUUCUCUUUUUGCUAUUGUUCUGUGUCUGGCUGCUUUUUUCUCUUUCUGUUCUUCUUUUAAUAGUUUUUUUUACAUUUUUGUUACAAUUCUAGAACUAUUUUUAUAAAAUUAAUUUUAGUUUUAAAGGUAUUGGGGAAUUAUAACACAUAACGCAAACAGUAACAUUAAUUCUCCAAAGAAGAGUUCAUGAAUCCUACAAAUUAUUGACCUCUUAAAAAUAAAAGAAAGACCAAACAUUGCUCCAGAAAGAUGUUUCUACUUUCCCCGAAACAGUAUUUGCAUAAUUUUAGGACUAACGUUCAGUAGGUCUCUUUGCUGCUUGGCCUUGCCAUCUUCCAUAGGAGUCAGAGGUUUCAUUGGUCCCUGGUUCAGGAUAAUGUGAACAUAAAUAUAAAUACUGAAUGUUAUUUUCCAUUUAAGGGAUUUAAUGUGAAAAUUUCAAAUUUUUCUUAGAACAGAGAUCACUACAAAAUCGUAACAUGUGCUCAAGGAAUUCAGGAAUCCGGAGAAUGAACUGCAGUAUGAUUUUUCUACAACAAGAAAAAAAAAUGUUCUAUUUAUUUUUACAUUGCUCAAAACUGUAUAUUAAAACACUCCGGUUUGCACAAUGAAACAAGAAUGAGCUGGUUUCUCAACAUCUGAUUUACAUCGAUUAAUUUUUGUAAUACAUACCAAAGUAAGAAUUACAUCACAACAAUCUGAAGUAAUAUUCCCUACCAAGCUUUAUGCCAUAUAGACAGUAUUACUAGGCUUAUAAUUACGCAAUGAUGUCAUUGAUGGCUAGACAUGAAGACACUUUACUUAUUCAUCAGUAUGCAAUGAUAUCCGUUCAUCUAAUCUUUAUAAAAUGAUAAUUUUCCUUGUUCCAUCUUUGCAUUUCAAUCUUCAUUAAAUUUUCUUCCAGGCCUUUUACCUUACUCAUGAAAAUCUAAGAGGAAAUGCUCAACAUGCACAUGAUAAGACAAAGCCUCUAACUAGUUUUUAAAGAGAUGUUCUCAUUCGCUGGUUUAUCUCCGGGCAGUGUGGGAACAUUAAGCUAUUAUAUUCAGAGCUACUUUGUGAAUAUAUGAUUUUUAUAGCUUUGAAAUUUGCAUAUAUAUAAAUCAAAGAAGAAUUUAAAAUCUCAUUUUGCAAAGGCUUGUAAGAAGGUCCCUAUCCUCAAGUAGAAGCAUUGUGUGGUCGGUCACAAGCAGGACAUGGAAAAUGUACCUGUUUUGCAAUACAGAUCUGUAUUACUAAAGAUAACCUAGUCACGUAAUACACAUGACCAUGAUCCUUCCAUUGGAGUCAUCAUUGGAAGACUACCAAAUUUGGAUGGAGGACAGAAGCAACAAGGGUCUUUCAAUGUCAACUAAUGAUAUGAAAAUGUUGGGAGUAUGCUUUGUUCAUAUUUUAAAAUAGGCAGUCAUGAUCCACACAUGGGGCCUAGUUUAGUACAAUUACAGAUAGGGUAUAUGUUUUUUUUUUUAUGUUGCUUAGGCCACCAAGUUCUUCUAUCUUUCUAAAUACACAACUUCUAUCGAGCUCACACUGUUAAACUGCGUUCUUCCCUCUGACCAUUAUUUAAAAGAAACUGUAACUUUGUAGGUUGACUGUUACAACAAUACAGCUAGUUAUUAAGGUCUCUGAAUAAGAUCCAAACUGUUCCCUCCUGCUGUCAAAAUUUGGUUUUAUAAUGUGAAAAAUGUGAUUUUUACUCAAACAGAGCUCCAGAUCUCCUGCAUUGCCACAGAGUUAUAGGGUACAUGUCUGGUCUCUAUGCUGCCACUAUUAUGAAGAGCUUAUUAUUAAAGGGGUACUCCACUGGAAAACAUGUUCUUUUAAAUCAACUGGUGCCAGAAAGUUAAACAGAUUUGUAAAUUACUUCUAUUAAAAAAUCUUAAAGGGGUAUUCCAGGAAUUUCUUUUUAUUUGACUAUGCUACAGGGGCUGUAAAGUUAGUGUAGUUCAUAAUAUAGUGUCUGUACCCAUGUGUGACGGUUCUCUCACAAUUCUUAUGUGAUUUUCACUCCACUAUUUAUUUUUAACAGCAUACAAAAUGACUGCUGUCUCAGAUUUUUUCCAGGUUGCAAUGUGGCCGAGACCAGACCUCACUAGUCAGCUAAUGACAGGGAGCCUGUCUGCUUCAAUGGGUGGAGCAAUCGCUUGGUGGGCGUGAGAUCAAUCUGCAACAUCUGUAGGCACCCUGAUUGAAAACCACACUGAUUUGAAUGGAUUCAGCUCAUUUAUGUUUCAAUGGGUGGGGUGGCUGAUGUGUGGGAGAGAGGAAAAUGGAAGCCUUCCUAAGCAUAUCCAUCACUGCCUGCCAGGUACGUACUAAAAUCACCUUAUUUUGGAUAACCCCUUUAAUCAUUCCACUACUUGUCAGCUGCUGUAUACUACAGAGAAAGUUCUUUUUUUUUUUUUUUUUUCUGUUUGACCACAGUGCUCUCUGCUGACACCUCUGUCCAUGUCAGGAACUGUCCAGAGCAAGAGAGGUUUGCUAUGGGGAUUUUCUCCUACUCUGGACAGUUCCUAAAAUGGACAGAAGUGUCUCAGCAGAGAGCACUGUGGCCAGGCAGAAAGUAAAUUAAAAAAGAAAAGAACUUCCUGUGGAGCAUAUAGCAGCUUAUACGUUCUAAAAGGAUUAAGAUCUUUAAAUAGAAGUAAUUUACAAAUCUGUUUAACUUUCUGGCACCAGUGGAUUUAAAAAAAAUGUUUUCCAGUGGAGUACCCCAUUAUAUUCAAAAUAUAUUUGGAGACCCAGGUGUAGGCCCAUUGGCAAUGUCUGGAUGGAUAGGCAUUUGGUGGCUGAGGUUGUUUCACCAAACCUCCCAUACUCAUUGGGCUGGUACAGUUAUGAGAGUGUUGCACUUGGAAUUGUGAUUGUUCCCAGGGGCACUCUCCAUGUGUGAGUAUGUUUCCUAGAUUAUGUUGGUUGCAAAUGACUAGCCAGAGAAAAGAGCAACUCCUUAUUUGGUGAAGUGAAAAACAUGUCUUCUUUAAGAGGCUUUACUGUGGCUGGAGAAGGUUUCCCUACUCUGUUCCUUUUUCUAGAUGUCUCUUUCUCUAGCCUUCAGUAUUAAGAUUUUCUCAAAUGCAGGUAGGAAACUGCUUGGCUUUUUCCACGAUGAGGGGUGCACAAACUUACAGUGGAGGGAAAAAGUAUUUAGUCAGCCACCAAUUGUACAGGUUCUCCCACUUAAA